AUGUCUGUUUCCCCCAAGCGGAGCCUGCAGGCGUCACAUUCCUCCACUUUUGUCGGAAAGACGGUGCCGUCAUAUGUACUUUCACCAGUUAUUGAGCAGCACCAUCUGCUUUGGCAGUGGCGCACGGUGCUUUGGCGGAAGCGGCUUCAUGCCGUGCCUUUUCUUCUUCACUGGGCACCGGGCGUCCCUGCAAAACAGCCCUUUCUUCACCACACAACUGCUGAACUUAUUCUCACAUCAGGUCAAGAGGUGGCAUCGGCACCUGCAGCAGCAAACUACCGGAAUUCACCGCACCGUUUCGGCGAGCUUAUUGUUCCAUCACCCGCUGGAGGUCUUCAUGCAACGAUUUCAGGACAAGCGGGAGAAGUACACCCCCUGACACGAUGGGUAGACGAUUUGUUCGAUUUCCCACAGCAGAGUGCGAUACCAGGUGAGGCAGUGGUUAAUCAUGAAGAGAGCAUAAGCUCUACCGAUUCAUGGAGACACGUGCCGUCAAUUUAUCACAAUGUUGUUGGAUGUGGUUUGGCGGAACUAAUCUUGGCCGUUGACCGGCUUGCAGCAUUGCUUGCACGGCGACACAUAACAUUGGCUAAUGCGUGCUGGGCUGUUUUAGCUGACAGCAAGGCGGAUCUCAAACCGUUUUUGCGGUACAGUGCCUUGGAUAUUGAGCGAGAAGUACUCGUAAUGGCAAAGGCACAUGAAAUGAUAAAUGUUUCACUGGGCGAUGCCAUGAGGCGACCGCUUUUAACAAUUGAAGAUUAUCCAUCGAUGGCCGGAUGGUAG